AUGGCUGCGAGAAAAACUAACAGAAUGUUUCUACUUUCACUUUUACUCUUACAAUUAUCUUUUAUUUUUGCGUUUGAUUGCAAUUCAAAAGAUCUGAAAUUACAAAUUCACAUUGUUCCGCAUACACAUGAUGAUGUUGGUUGGCUAAAAACCGUUGAUGAAUAUUAUUAUGGAGCAAAUCGUACGAUACAGGCUGGUGCUGUCCAAUACAUUUUGGAUACAGCAAUUGUUUCAUUGCAGCAAAAUCCAAAUAGGACUUUUAUCUAUGUGGAGAUGGCAUUUUUUAAAAGGUGGUGGGAUGAGCAGGAGGAUAGUGUCAAAUCAGCUGUAAAGAAGUUGUUAGCAAACAAGCAACUGGAAUUUAUUAAUGGUGGAUGGUGCAUGAAUGAUGAAGCUGCAGCCCAUUACAAUGCAAUAAUUGAUCAAAUGACACUGGGCUUACGUUUUAUCGAAGACACAUUUGGAGCAGAUGCAAGACCCACAGUUGCUUGGCACAUCGACCCUUUCGGUCAUUCAGCAGAACAGGCGUCUUUAUUUUCUUUGAUGUCUUUUGAUGGUUUUUUCUUUGGAAGAAUUGAUGAGGCUGAUAAGAUAAAACGACUUAAGGAGCAAAGAAUGGAAAUGAUUUGGAGAGGAAGCCGAAAUUAUGAAACCAAGUCACAAAUUUUUACUGGUGUAACGUACAACGUUUACGCUCCACCACGGGGCUUUUGUUUUGACGACAAUUGCCACGAUCCUCCAAUUCAAGACAACGAUCGGUUGUUUGACAACAACGUUGAAGAACGCGUUCAAGCUUUUGUUGAUAUCACAUGUCAGCAAGCAAGCAGUUACAAAACAAACCAUAUUAUGUUGACCAUGGGUGAAGAUUUUCAAUAUGAAAAUGCGCAUCGCUGGUUUAAAAAUUUAGACAAGCUUAUACACUAUGUUAAUAAGGAUGGACGUGUCAAUGUGUUUUAUUCCACGCCCUCUCGCUACUUGAAAGCUCUUCAUGACGCAGGAAAAGAUUGGGAAGUAAAAACAGACGACUUCUUUCCAUAUGCACAUUGUCCACAUUGUUAUUGGACUGGUUAUUUUACAAGCAGACCAACUCAAAAAGGUUACAUUAGAGAGUCCAACAAUUUAUUACAGGCAUGCAAGCAGUUGGAAGUCCUUUACACAGGAAAAGUCAGCUCAUCUUCGACUCUUCGAAGAGCAAUGGCUGUUAACCAACACCAUGAUGCUGUGACAGGCACAGAGAAACAGCACGUUGCGUAUGAUUACGCGAAACGUCUUUACAUAGGAAGGGAGGAAUGCAAAAAAUUAAUGUCUGACGUCAUUAAAGUUAAGACUGGAUCCACAAUGCAAUUCAAAUAUUGUGAUUUUCUGAACAUCAGUGUUUGUUCGGUGAGUGAGGCCACGGAACCGUUUGCUGUGAACGUUUACAAUCCCAUUGCACGACCUAUUGAAACAUAUAUUCGAAUACCCGUAACUACAAAAAAUCUGCUUGUACUAGGACUUAAAGGUCAACCAAUAAAAUCUCAAAUUGUUUCACUUUCAAGAAAAGGUCAUAAGUUGAGACGACAUUUUAAAGGACAAGCUAUGUUUGAGCUUGUGUUUCACGUAUGCGCACCAGCUCUUGGAUUUAAUACUUAUUUUGUAAAGCACACCAUAGCGAAAAAGUAUGCUGAAUUUCUACCACGGCUUUCACACAUCGCUAUACUAAAAACAGAGUAUGACUUCAUAGAGAACAAUCUACUAAGACUGGAAUUUUCUCUUGAAACAGGAAGAUUGGUGCGUAUGAUCAGAAAAGAUCGUAAAUUAAGUCUAAGUGUCGAUCAGCAAUUCUUUUGGUAUAACGGAAAUACAGGAGAUGAGGAGAGUCGUCAGACUUCUGGCGCUUACAUAUUCAGACCAAAUAAUACUGAACCCUACGAAGUUUGCGAUCUUAAUAAAGCUAAAGUACAAAUCAUAAAAGGCCCUCUUGUUGAAGAAGUGAGACAAACAUUUGGUCCUUUUAUCAGUCAAGUCAUUCGUUUGUACCGCAACGUCCCCUAUGCAGAGUUUGAACAUACGGUUGGACCAAUCCCCAUCAAAGAUGGUCUCGGUAAGGAGAUCAUCACACGAUUUGACACCAACAUUGAGUCAGGAGGUUUAUUUUACACAGAUGCAAAUGGACGCGAGAUGAAGGAGAGAAAACGUGAUUACAGAGCAACAUGGAAGUUGAACAUUACUGAGCCUGUGUCUGAAAAUUAUUACCCCAUAAACAGCCGCAUUUACAUUAAAGAUUCUUCUGCCCAGUUGACUGUUAUGUCAGACAGAUCACAAGGUGGAAGUAGCAUUCGCGACGGACAAAUUGAAAUAAUGUUGCAUCGUAGAUUACUUGUGGAUGAUUUCCUUGGUGUAGGUGAACCUCUAAACGAGCCAGGAAUUGAUGGAAGAGGACUUAUAACAAGGGGUAAACAUCGUGUAUUGUUAACCACACCAGACGAGGCUGGUCAUCUUCAUAGACAACAGGGAGAACUGAUGCUACUGCAACCCAUAUUAAGCUUUGCUUCAAAUGUUUCAUUUGAUAUUAAAUCUCUUUCAAAACUUAUCCCAACCUAUUCUGGUUUAUCGAGAUCUUUACCUGAAAACGUUCAUUUGCUGACAAUGGAGACAAUCAAAAGCGAUGAAAUGAUUUUAAGAUUUGAGCAUUUUUACGAAAAAGAUGAAGACCACAAACUAUCGAAUCCUGUUAACUUUCAAUUGGACGGCUUGUUUACAGAUUUUAACAUUGUCAACAUCACGGAAACCAAUUUGUCUGCCAAUCAGCUAUUAAAAGAUAAGAAGAUGAUGAAAUGGAAUACAGACGAAGAAGUCGCUGAAAACUCGUUUGAUGGUUUUAACAUUGAGUUGAAUCCAAUGCAAAUUCGAACAUUUAUUGCCAAAUUUAAACAUGUCUAAAGUAUCAUCAUUUAGACGGGAAUAAUUUGAAAGGAAUGAAUGAAAUAAGAACUUUAACGUGAAAUUAAAAUAUAAUUAAAAUAAUUCUUGAGGUGUUCUUAAAUUAGGAUAAGAUAAUGACGUGUAAGAGCAAACUUUAAUUUUCAAAAUUGUAUUUUGAUGUUAAAUUUUUUUGGUUGUUUUUUGCAGCGAUAUCAUUUAGCUUAAUUUUAACGGACUAUGCGAUCAAAAGUAUGCUAAUUAUUUUUGUAUUCUAUUUUUCAGCCCUACGUAAUAAAUUUGUAUUGUGAGUUGAAGGGGAAUGUUCUUCUAUGGGUGCGAACUAUACACAGUAGCAGUCAUGCACAGAUUUUGCUGUAUUGGGACAUAUCUAACUACAAAACAUAGAGUUUUAGUUCAGUUUAAGAUUAAAAUUAAGAUUCGCACAUAAUUUUUAACUUUGAUUUACUUAAUGUAUUCUUAUAACCAUCUAUUUUUCUUUUCCUGAAAUAUAUUAUGUUGCUAAG